AUCGUCUGCACACCAUGCUGUUUUGAGCGUUCUGUCGCUACCUCCGUGGUCGUUACUGUUUACAAAGUUCUACAAUAAGCACUUAUCGUGCAUUCAUACUUCAGUGUGUUGCAAAAACACAGAUCUGAGCAUGGAUCACUUGCUUAAACUGAGAACUACUCUAGAAAUGCGCGAACAUGACUUAAUGAAUACAGAAACGUCGGAUUAUCCUGGCACAUUUCACGGAGUGGAUGACAGCUGGAGCCAGAAAAAGUUUGAAAAGGCAUUCAAAGUGGGCAUUGUAUAUUUGGAUGACGAAAGAAUGGAGUUCGACAUGAUUGGCCUAAACCCGGCGAUUGCAAAUGCAAUACGGCGGAUACUCUUAUCGGAGGUUCCAACAAUGGCUCCAGAUAAGGUGUACAUGUACAACAACACAAGUAUUAUUCAAGACGAAGUGCUUGCGCAUCGCAUCGGGCUCGUUCCGUUCAAGAUUGAUCCACGCAUGUUUGAGUAUCGCGAUAAAGGUACCGAAGGCUCUCCCGAAGAUACCGUAGAAUUUGAACUGAAAAUAAAGUGCACCAAGAACCCUCAUGCUCCUAAAGAUGCGUGUACACCAGAUGAGCUCUAUAGGGAUCAUAUUGUCUACACAAAGCACUUGAAGUGGAUACCGCUCGGCAGCCAAGCCGAAAUUUUUGCAAGCUGUCCUCCGAAGCCAGUUCAUGAUGAUAUCAUCCUUGCGAAGUUAAGGCCUGGCCAUGAAAUAGACCUAAAAUUACACUGUAUGAAAGGACUAGGAAGGGACCAUGCUAAAUUUUCUCCAGUGGCAACAGCAUCUUACCGUCUGCUCCCACAAAUCGCACUGCUUCGAGAGGUCGAAGGCGAACAAGCAGAACGUCUGAAGGGCAGUUUUUCUGAAGGAGUUAUAGAUAUUGAGGAAACAGGCGAUGGUAGGAAAGUCGCAAAGGUGGCGAAUGCUAGAGUGGAUACAUGCAGCCGAAACGUGUUCAGGUUCGAGGACCUGAAGGAUGCAGUGGAGCUGACCCGAGUCAAAGAUCACUUCAUCUUUUCCGUCGAGUCUACGGGAGCUCUCCCCCCGAAUGUUCUCGUCACAGAAGCAAUUAAAGUGCUCAUGGGAAAAUGCCAGCUAUUCCUCGGUGAAAUAGAACAAGUUGAAUCAGGAAGUUAACUUGGCCCCAAGCUGUGAAUAAAAGAACUGUUUGCAAGU